AGAAGACCCCGGCGCUUGCGGUUGGCGCCGCCUCAGGAGGCCAUGGCGCCGCCGAAGCUGCCGGCCAUCCAUGGCAGGUCGGGCAUGGAGAAGUCGGCGUCCAUGCCGCGCAUCGAGGCGCCACACCCACUGACCGUGCCAAACUUCCGGCGACCGGACGUGUCUGGCCAGCUCCAGGAGAUAGGACAACUUUCUAGCAAGAUUGUCGGCCCGGGCGGGAUCAGCAAGAAGAUGCGCGCAUUGACAGCAUCCUCCAGCACACCAAACCUGCGAGGCAAGCCGGAGCCAGAGCUUCGGCCAGAGGUGAGCCUGGAGCCCAGCCCUCCAAGGAGUACAGGAGGCACUGCGUAUCCAGCCGCUGCGCCAGCAGAAGUGGCAGAAGAAAAGAAGCUGGAGUAUCGGAAGCAUCCGGAGAAGGCGCACUUCAACUUCCGGAACCUUCCGCUGGAGAUCUUCGAUCACACUCCUGAUUUCGAGGUAAAGACCCCGCAGGAGUGGAUGGAGGAGGUGCUGAAAGAUACCAGCCGGCCACAGGCCUGCGUGGUACACUACAAGCGGAAAGAGUGGACCAUGGUGCGCUGCUGGGUGCUGCGGUACGAGGAGGCGAUCAACAGAUAUGUGGUGGAGCUCGAAGAUGCCACGCAUAAGAAGGUCAAGAGACUGUCGUUGAGAUUUAACGCGGAGGACCCAAAGAACUUCGAGCGGCGCGUAGAAACCUGCCGAGCGAGGAAGGCCCACUGCGAAUUGCAAGAAGCCUUCAUCGACUACAUCGAGUACAAGGAUGAUAAAGUAGUGACCCCCAUGCCGCGCUCGAUGAAGGAGUUCUUCAUCCGGUCUUGCCUGGAGCGGUGCAGCCUUCAAGAGCCCAACUCUCAUGCGAGCACCAUCCGGGAGCUCAUGCAGGAGGUGGAGGAGAACUACGUGCUUUCCAUGAAGCUGUUCAAUGUGGAAGUGGAGCUGAUCCCUCUUUUCGGGACAAAGGAAGCUUUUCUCCCAGACGAAAGCAACGAGUUCUCCCUGAAGUUCGAGCCGGUGAUGCGCAGUUUUCUGCCUCGGCCAUGCCCUGAGUCUGGGCUGGUGGAGCAUGCGAAGCCUGAGAUGGCUGUGAAGCAGCUCAUCGCAGAGAUGCGGCAAAUGCCGCUCCUGGGCGCGAACAUUUUCGCCAUCACCAACCAGGUUUGGAGGCGCUACAUGAACGAGGUCGCCAAAUUGGAGCUGAUCGACACCACCCGAGUGGGUGGCGUGGACGUGACGAGGCAGCGCAAGCUCGUCAAGAACUCGGACUCUAUCCUUUUUGAGUCCCAGGACAUGUUUGAGCACCAGAAGAACCACAUAGAGAGGAUCACCACACACCUGAAGCGAGGUUGGCGCGACUACAUCAUCGCAGAGGUGUUGGACAAGCUGUCAGAUGAUUACAACUUUUUCAGCGACGACAUCGAGAAGCACAUGGCAAGCCCAUUGCAUGCCCUUCUCCGGAAGCUGGACAUCAUCAUCAACUCUCAGCUGAGGUGGUUUUUGCAGGACUCCAUGGAUUCCUGGUGCAACUUCUUGAAGUCCUUCCUACCGGAUCCGCAGAAGAAGCGGCCGGCUCCUCUUUUGUACAUUGACUUGGAGGCUGAUCAGGAUGAGAUCUACUUGGAACCGGAGCCCCAGGAGUUUCCGCACGAAUUCGACGGCAUGCUGCGGGAGGCGGUCCGGAAAACCAACAUCGUGCGCACCAUGGAGACGGAGCUGAUGCCCUUCACCAACGUGGAGGAGCACGUCCUCUUCACACCUGAGCUAAGCCCAGAUGGAGACGACGUGGACUACGAACCGCUGGAGAAUGCUUGUGCCGUCACCGUGCAGGUGAUCGAUACAUGCAGCGAAGGGCCACAGCAGAUCUUGGAGCAGUUUCGCAAGUACUCGUACUUGCUGCGGGAGAAAGUGACAGAUUUCGACCCCACGGACAUCGAAGCCUGUCAGCAGCGCAUCGAAGCCUACAGAAGGGCCAAGUAUGAAGUGCAAGUUCUGUCGCAGAGCAUCGUGGACUUCCCGCUGUUCCGGCUCCGCAGUGCGGAAAUCAUCAAAGUGCUCGCGGAGAAGGCCGAGGACCUGGCGCAGGAGUGCCUCCGCCAGGUCAGCGAGUGCAUCGAGGAGCGGGCGGACGGAAUCCUCACGGAGUGGGACACCACGCACCGCCGCAUUCUCUCCAGCCCUGAGUCGGAGAAAGACAUGGCCGACCUUCGGGAAUUUAUGGAGGUGGUGCAGCGCAAGGUGGUGAAGCCAUUGAUGGAGCGCACCCGCGUGGUGCACCAGCAGAUGGACAUGGUGGAGGGUUUCAGCCACGAUGUGGGUAGCGAAGUGGUGGAGAAGGCCUUCAGAUCGUUCGAGUGGCCGCUGCAGAUCAACAUGGACGUCAUGGAGGCAGACCGGCAGCUGAACAAGGACAAGAUCGCCUUCAUGGAACAGCUGCAGCGCGAAGUGGAGGAGUACCAAGUGGACUUCCAGAAGUACACGGCCGAAUUGGAGUGGGUCAAGGGCCUCGACUCCUACGCCGUCGCCGGGCAGGUGGCCCAGAGGGUGCAGACCCUGCAGGACAAUCUGGUGCGAGCAACCGAUCGGGUCAAGUCGUUCUCCGAUCGCGAGAAGCUUUUCCAGAUUGACCAGCGAGACUACUCAGACCUUGAGGUGCUGCAAGAGGAGUACAAGCCAUACUUCGAUUUGUGGUCCAUGGCCAUCGAGUACAACUCGUGCGAAGAGGAGUGGCUGAGUGGGAAGCUGGCCAACCUGUCCGCCGGCGAGGUGGAGCAAAAUGUGGACGACAACUUCAAGGACUCCUACAAGGCCUUUAAGUCCUUUGAGGGCACGCCCAACCCGCAGAAGGUGGCGCAGGAGCUCCGGAGCGCGGUGCAAGCCUUCAAGAAGAACAUGCCCAUCAUCCAGGGCCUCUGCCAGCCAGCAAUCAAGACCUCGCACUUGCUGCAGCUUUUCGAGGACAUGGACGUGGACAUUGAUAUGGAGGAUGGCUUGACGCUCACGAUGUGCCUGGAAGCAGGAAUGAUGGACCACGUGGACAAGGUUGAGGCGAUCAGCACUUCUGCUCAGAAGCAGCACGGCCUCAAGGUGGCCCUGCAGACCAUGAAGAACGAGUGGAAAGCCAUGGCGUUUGGCACGUUCGCCUACAAGAACACUGGCACCUUCCUUCUGAAAGGAGCCGACGAUGUGCAAGCGUUGCUGGACGACCACAUCAUCAAGACCCAGGCCGUCCGCGGAUCUCCCUUUGUGAAGCCCAUCGAGAAGGAGGUCAAGGACUGGGAGGCCAAGCUCCUGUACAUCCAGGACUUGCUGGAGCAAUGGCUCAUGGUGCAGAGGACGUGGCUCUACCUGGAGCCGAUCUUCUGCUCCGAGGAUAUCGUCCGACAGAUGCCCGAGGAGGCGAAGAAGUUCCAAGCCGUGGACAAGCUCUGGCGUGACACCAUGGCUGCCGUGGAGGAGAAUCCCAUUGUCCUGGAUGUGUCGGAGAUCGAGAACCUACUUCUGCAUUUCACCGAGGGCAACAAGAAGCUAGAUCAGAUCCAGAAGUGCUUGAACGACUACCUCGAAACGAAGCGCCUGGCCUUCCCGCGAUUCUUUUUCUUGUCCAACGACGAGCUGCUGAUGAUCUUGUCGCAGACCAAGGAUCCGACGGCAGUGCAGCCCCACAUGGGCAAGUGCUUCGAAGGAAUCAACAGAGUCCGCUUCGACACGAACGAUGAGAUCAUCGAGGCGAUGAUCUCUGUGGAGGGGGAAGUGGUGGACCUGAUCAAGAAGGUGAACGUGAACGAGGGCGACAAGAAGGGCAACGUGGAAAGGUGGCUGCUGGAGGUGCAGGAGUCCAUGAUCCACACCCUGACCAAGAUCAUGGGCGACUCCGUGAAAGCCUACGCAGAGACCAAGAGAGACCAGUGGGUGCUGGAGUGGCCGGGCCAGGUGGCCAUCGCGGUGGACAACAUUUACUGGACCAGAGAAGUGGCAGAGGCCAUCGAGAAGGGCAAGCUGGCGGACUACUAUCAGGUCUGUGCCACGCAGCUGGCGGAGCUGGUGGAGUUGGUGCGCGGGGAGCUGUCCAAACUCGCACGCCGCACCCUCACGGCGAUGGUGACCAUCGACGUGCACAACCGUGACGUGGUGGCCAACUUGCGGGAUGUCAAUGUGACUUCAUCCAAGGACUUCGAUUGGAUGGCGCAGCUGCGGUACUAUUGGGCCCCGGCUGGGUCCAUCAUCAUGUACGAGACCCAGAAGCCGAGCGUCGUGGACCACUGCCAGGUCUCUAUCAUCAAUGCCACCCUUCUCUACGGCUUCGAGUACCUUGGCAACAGCGACCGCCUGGUGGUCACUCCUUUGACAGACAGGUGCUACCGAACUCUCAUGGGCGCGUUCCAUCUCUUCUACGGCGGGGCGCCAGAAGGGCCCGCAGGAACUGGCAAGACGGAAUCCACAAAGGACUUGGCCAAGGCGAUGUCGGUUCAGUGUGUGGUCUUCAACUGCUCGGACGGCCUUGACUAUUUGGCAAUGGGCAAGUUCUUCAAAGGCUUGGCUUCAUCCGGUGCUUGGUGCUGCUUCGACGAGUUCAACCGGAUUGACCUGGAAGUGCUGUCAGUGAUUGCGCAGCAGGUUGCCUGCAUCCAGGAGGCCAUCCGCAUGAAGAAGCGCCGCUUCAUCUUCGAAGACACGGAGCUGGAGCUGAUCCCGACCUGUGCGGUGAACAUCACGAUGAAUCCGGGCUAUGCUGGCCGGUCAGAGCUGCCUGACAACUUGAAGGCUUUGUUCCGACCCUGCGCGAUGAUGGUGCCAGACUAUGCCCUGAUCGGCGAGAUCGUGCUCUAUUCAGUGGGCUUCGGCAACGCCAAGCCUCUGGCGGCGAAGGCAGUGGCCAGUCUUCGCCUGGGCUCCGAGCAGCUCUCCUCCCAGGACCACUAUGACUUUGGCAUGCGAGCGCUGAAGUCCAUCCUUGUGGCGGCUGGCCAGCUGAGGAAGAAGUUUGGAAACACCCGAGCGGAAGAUAUUUUGAUGCUCUCAGCGCUGAACGAUGUGAACCUGCCCAAAUUCACGUCCAACGACAUUCCCCUUUUCCUGGGCAUUACUGGCGACCUUUUCCCAGGGGUCAAGCUGCCGGCCUCUGACUACGGCAAGCUGAUCAACGAGCUGGAGGGCGCCGCGAAAGCCCGUCACCUGCAGCCGAAGGGCUCCUUCAUCCACAAGUGCACACAGCUGUGGGAGACGAUCAUGGUGCGGCAUGGCCUCAUGGUGGUUGGCAUGAACGUCUCCGGCAAGACAGAGGUGGAGCACGUGCUUUCUGAUGCCUUGGCUGCCGUCGCAGAUGGUGACCUCUACUUGCCAGUUCAGAUGCACAAGAUCAAUCCAAAGUCAAUCAAACAGGGCCAACUCUACGGAGACUUUGACGAGAACACGCACGAGUGGACCGAUGGCAUACUGGCCUUGACUGUUCGCUACACGGCCAAUGCUGAUCCCGCCUAUCGGCAGUGGAUCAUGCUGGACGGACCUGUGGACGCGGUCUGGAUCGAGAACAUGAACACGGUCCUUGACGACAACAAAAAACUUUGCCUCAACAGUGGCGAGAUCAUCAAGCUGAGCGGUGUGACGACCAUGAUGUUUGAGGUGGAGGACCUGACCUUUGCGUCGCCGGCCACCGUGUCUCGCUGCGGCAUGGUCUUCAUGGAGCAGGUGGAUAUUGGCUGGCGUGUGCUGAUGCAGUCCUGGCUGGAGACUGCUCCAGAGCGGCUGCAGGAAUGCACGGACCAAUUGAAGACACUCCUGGAAACCAAUGUGGAUCAGUGCUGGGAGAUGUGCCAACGGAAGAUCAAGACGCCCGUGCCCGUGACGCAAAAUUGGCUGGUCAAGAGCUUGCUGAAGCUCCUGCUGGCGCUGUUGCGCAUUGAGCUGCCACUGGACCCUGAGAAGGAUGCCAAGGACAUCCCGGCAAAGGAGAAGGAGGUCAAGGUGGAGAACAUGUUUUGGCUUGCUUUGGUCUGGAGCUUUGGCGCCACCACCGACUCGGCGGGGCGCAAGCAAAUGGACCGGUUCAUUCGGUCCAUCCAGGCAGGCAUGCCUGUGAAGGAUGAGUUCGAUCUCAUUGCGGAUGACCCGACCUUCAGGCCGGUGUCCAAGACUCCCUUCCCAGAGAAGGACAGCGUCUUCGAGUACUUUGCCUUUGCGCAGUCCAACAAAUGGGAGUCCUGGACGAAGAAGAUCAUGGGCUUCGACAUCCCCAAGGAAGCUUUGGCUCAUCAGAUCAUGGUCCCCACGACUGAUACCGUGCGCAGCGCUUUCUUGCUGCAGACCCUGGUGGCCAGCGAACACCACGUCUUGUUCUCCGGCCUGACGGGCACUGGCAAGACGGUGGUCAUUCAGCAGGAACUGUUGAAGCGCUUCGACAAAGAGAGGUAUACAGUCAUCUCUUUCGCCUUCAGCGCGCAGACGACGGCAAACCAGACGCAGGAUAUCAUCGAUGGCAAGCUGGACAAGCGCAAGAAGGGAACGUAUGGCCCACCCUUUGGAAAGAAGUGCCUCCUGUUCAUCGACGACAUGAACAUGCCGGCCAAGGAGAAGUACGACGCGCAGCCUCCCAUCGAGCUGCUGCGGCAAUGGAUGGACGCCGGUGGUUGGUACGAUCGGAAGAGCGCCGAGUUCCGGAACUUGGUGGACCUGAUCUUCAUUGGCGCCAUGGGCCCUCCGGGUGCAGGCCGGCCCUUUUUGACGGGCCGCUACCAGCGCCGCUUCAACCUGGUUUUCGUCACACCCUUUGAGCAGGAAAGUUUGCAGAGGAUCUUCCAAAGCAUCAUGCAGUGGUUCCUCGGGAAAUUUUCCGGAGCUGUGGCGGGAGCCGCCAACGCAGUGGUGAAGUCCACGAUCCAGCUCUACGAGGACAUGUCUGCCGAAAUGCUGCCGACGCCCGCCAAGAGUCACUACACCUUCAACCUCCGGGACCUGGCCAAGGUCCAUUUGGGCAUCUGCCGGUGCCACAAGAAGUCCAUGGAGGCCGCCGACGACUUGGCGCGGUGCUGGGCCCACGAAGCGCACCGCGUCUUCUUCGACCGCCUGGUCACCAAAGACGACCAGCAGUGGUUCCAGGCGAAGAUCAACGACAUUCUGAAGGAGAAUUUCAAGAAGGAGUGGAAGGCGCUGGUGAAGGUGGAGCCACUUAUUUGGUGCGACUUCAUUGACCCCAAGGCCAACUACUACCAGCAGGUGGAGGAUCCUCCGCAGCUGCUGGAGGUCUUGAACAACUGCCUCGUGGAGUACAACACCAUGGCCAAGCGAGGCAUGGACCUUGUGCUCUUCAUGGCAGCGGCGCAGCAUGUCAGCCAGAUGGUGCGCGUGCUGAAGACUCCGCUGGGCAAUGCCUUGUUGGUCGGCGUGGGCGGCAGCGGCCGGAAGAGUUUGGCCACCCUCGCAGCCUUUGUGGCAGAGCAGGAGACGUUCCAGAUCGAGAUCACCAAGAGCUAUGGUAUGAACGACUGGCAUGAAGAUCUGAAAAGGUUGCUCAUCCGUUGCGGCGGACAGAUGAAGGAGGUUUGCUUCCUUCUGCCAGACACGCAGAUUGCCAAUGAAAACUUUGUGGAAGAGGUCUCCGGGCUUCUGAACACGGGUGAAGUGCCCAACCUGUUCAACGCCGAGGACAAGACGCAAGUCCUGGAGCUUUGCACGAACGUGGCUGCCAAGGAGGGUCGGCAUGGCCCGGCGGAGGUGAUGGCCUUCUUCGUGGAGCAGUGUAUGAAGAACAUGCACAUCGUCUUGGCCUUCUCACCCAUUGGGGAGAACUUCCGACGCCGUGUGCGCAUGUUCCCGUCGCUGGUGAACUGCUGCACGAUCGAUUGGUUCCAUGAGUGGCCAGAGGCUGCUCUUCAGAGUGUGGCGCACCAUUUCCUGGGGAAGAUCGGAAUGCCGGACCAGGUGCUGACCGGGGUGGUGAACAUUUGCGUGGCCAUGCAGAAGAGUGUGUUUGAACUCGCAGAGCGCUUCCAGAAAGAGGUGCAGCGGUACUACUAUGUUACGCCCACCUCCUACCUGGAGCUCAUCAACGCCUUCAAAGGACUGCUGGCAUCGAAGCAGGAGGAGGUGUCCAAGGUCAAGUCGAGGUAUGACGUGGGCUUGGACAAGAUCAUGAGCACAGAGGAGCAGGUUACCACCAUGCAGGCGGAGCUGGAAGAACUGAAGCCGACCCUGAAGAAGACGGCAGAAGACACGGCGCAGCUGAUGGUGGUGAUCGAGGGCAAGCAAAAGGAGGCCGCGGCCACCGAGGAAGUGGUCUCCAAGGAUGCAGCGGAGACGGCGAAGGUGGCCGAGAGCGCCACUGCGAUGAAGACGGACUGCCAGCGCGACCUAGACAAGGCGAUGCCUGCUUUGAAUUCCGCCCUCGAGGCGUUGAAUCAGCUCUCCAAAGGCGACAUUGUCGAGGUGAAGGCCAUGGGAAAGCCUCCGGGCGGCGUGGUGCUCGUUUCCAAAGCGCUGUGCUGGUGCUUCGGGGUCAAGCCCAAGAAGGUGCCUGCGCCAGACGGCCGGUCCAAGGUGGAUGACUACUGGGACCCGGCGAAGAAGGAGCUAUGGGGUGACCCGAAGUUGUUGGAUCGGCUGCUCUACUUUGACAAGGACAACAUCCCGCCAGAUGUUAUGACCAAGCUGUUGCCAUUGGAAACAGAUCCAGAGUUCGAGCCUGACGCCAUCAAGAAGGCCUCCCUCGCAGCUUGCGGAAUCUGCAAGUGGGUACGCGCCAUGAUUGUCUACGACCAGGUGGCGAAGAUGGUGGGCCCCAAGAAGGAGGCCUUGGCGGAGGCCGAGGCCAAGCUGAAGGGGGCAGAGGAUGCGCUGGCCAUCAAAAAAGCCGAGCUGCAGGCCGUGCAGGACAACGUCGCCAAGCUACUGUCAGAGUUCGCCACGGCCAAGCAAAAGAAAGAUGACCUGCAGAACCAGUUCGAGGUGUGCUCCAAGCGUUUGGUCACCGCUGAGAAGCUGAUCAACGGCCUGGGCGGCGAGAAGAGUCGCUGGCAGGCCUCCUCCGCGAAGCUCGGGGAGCAGUACAACAACUUGACGGGGGAUGUGCUCAUCUCUUCGGGCAUCAUCGCAUAUUUGGGCUGUUUCCUGGCCAAGUACCGCAACGAGUCCGUGGAGUCCUGGAUUUCGCUGAUGCUGGAGAACAAGGUUCCCUCCUCAUCCACCUUCUUGCUCCGUUCCGUGAUUGGCGAGGACGUGGCCAUCCGGCAAUGGGUGAUCGACAAGCUGCCCAAUGACCAGGUGUCGAUCGACAACGCGUUGAUCCUGUCCAACUCGAGGCGCUGGCCCUUGAUGAUCGACCCACAGAUCCAAGCGAACAAGUGGAUCCGCAACUCCAAGGGCGACAAGCUCAUGGUGCUGCGCCUCUCGCAGAACAAUUACGCUCGGAAGUUGGAGGUGGGCAUCUCUCAAGGCAUGCCAGUGCUCAUCGAGAACGUUCCAGAGACGCUGGACCCCUUGCUGGAGCCGCUGCUCCAAAAAGCCAAGUUCAAGGCAGGCAACAUGAUCAUGAUCCGCUUGGGGGACUCCACCGUAGAGUACAACGAAGACUUCCGGCUGUUCAUCACCACCAAGCUGCCGAACCCCCACUACGCCCCAGAGAUCUGCGUGCAGGUCACGUUGCUGAAUUUCAUGGUGACGCCGGACGGCUUGCAAGAUCAGAUGUUGGGCAUCCUGGUGGCCAAGGAAGAGCCAGAGGUGGAGAAGAAGCGGCAGAACCUGAUCAUCGAAAGCGCGCAGAGCAAGGCUCAGCUCAAAGAGAUCGAGGACAAGAUCCUGGAGCUGCUCUCCAACUCCAAGGGCAACAUCCUGGACGACGACGAGCUGAUCACCACCUUGGCCAACUCCAAGGUCACCUCCACCCGAAUCGAGGAAAGGGUCAAGGAGCAAGAGAAAACCCAGGCAUUGGUUCAGGAGACUCGCGAGACCUAUGUGCCAGUCUCCGUCCGCAGCUCCGCCAUGUUCUUCGUGGUUGCAGACCUGUGCAAGGUGGAGCCCAUGUACCAGUACAGCUUGGAGUGGUUCGUCGACAUCUUCCUGCUUGCCAUCAAGACCGCCGAGAAGCCUGAGCGCAACCUACAGCGUCGACUCACUGCGUUGCAGAACCAGUUCAUCAAGCUUCUCUACGAGAAGGUGUGCGACUCCCUCUUCGCCAAAGACAAGCUGAUGCUGUCCCUUCUGCUGAGUUUCAAGUCCAUGGAGGUGGACUCAGAGCUUGACCACGCGGAGAAGAGCUUGCUGCUGGUGGGUGGCACCACUGGCGCGCAGGUGCGGCCGCGGCCAGUUGCGGAGUGGCUCAGCGACGUGAGCUGGGCGCGGCUGUCGGAGCUGGAGGAUCUGGGGAAGGGCCCCUGGCCUGGCCUCACAGACAGAUUCACCAAGCACCUCUCCGAAUGGAAGGCGGUGUUUGACUCGGACGAUCCUGUCAAGGCUCCGUGGCCGGAGAAGCUCCAGGAGCAGCUGACGCCGCUGCAGCAGGCGCUGGUGCUGCUGGCGGUGCGCGCGGAUGCCACGGUGCCAGGUCUUCAGAGCAUCAUCCACGCAAAGUUGGGUGCCGAAUUCCUGGAGCCACCACCGUUCAACUUGGAGAAGGUGUACGCUGACAGCAACAACGUCACCCCGCUGAUCUUCGUGCUAUCCUCCGGCGCAGAUCCCAUGGCAGAGCUGAACCGCUUGGCCCAGAAGAAUAACAUGUUCGAGACAAAGGCUGCCGUGUCUCUGGGGCAGGGCCAGGGCCCAAAGGCCGAGUUUGCCAUCAGCGAGGGCAAGCAGCAAGGCAACUGGGUCAUCCUUCAGAACUGCCACUUGGCGGUGUCUUGGAUGCCCGUUCUGGAGAAGCUGGUGGAAGAGUUGGACCCCGAUGCGGUGGCAGACACCUUCAGGCUCUGGCUCAGUGCCAUGCCCUCGCCGCAUUUCCCGGUGAGCGUGCUGCAGAACGGCAUGAAGAUGACUGUGGAGCCGCCCAAGGGGCUGAAGUCCAACCUGCUCCGAGCCUACCUGUCCUUCGAGGAAGAGUGGUUCGAGUCUGCCGGCAACACCGAUGCUUCCCGAAGAGCCUUCCGCAAGAUGCUCUUUGGCCUUUGCUUCUUCCACGCCCUCAUUCAGGAGCGAUGCAAUUAUGGGCCUUUGGGCUGGAACAUCCCAUAUCAGUUCUCAGAGCCAGACCGGCAGAUCUGCAUGUCGCAGCUGAAGAUGUUCCUGGAAGAGAAUGCCAGCAUCCCCUAUGCUGCUCUGCGCUACACGGCAUCGGAGGCCAACUACGGGGGCCGUGUUACCGACGCGCAUGACCGCAUCACCAUCACCAACCUCAUCACCGAUUACUACUGCGAGGACAUAUUGAAGGAUGGAUACAAGUUCUCGGAGUCUGGCACCUACUACGCUCCGAAGUUCCAGCCUUUGAAUGGCUACCUCGAGUACAUCCGAGCGUUACCCAUCAACCAAAUGCCGGAGGCCUUCGGGUUGCACGCGAACGCCAACUUGUCCGCCGCCAUCAAAGAGGGCCUGGGCAUCCUGGCCACGGCCAACUCGAUGCUGCCGAAGGGCGGGGGCGGAGACAGUGGCGCCAAGACCCCGGAUCAGAUCAUGUCGGAGCUCUCCUCCAAGUUCCUCUCGGAGAUCCGGCAGCCCUUCGACGUCGAGUGGCUCUCAGCAACGUACCCCACGGACUACAACGAGUCUAUGAACACCGUGGUGAACCAAGAGGCCCUGCGCUUCAACAAGCUGCUCAUCCGAGUCCGCGCCAGCCUGGUUGACAUCGGCAAGGCGGUGAAGGGUCUGGUCAUCAUGGGGCCGGACUUGGAAGAUGUCGCCAGCGGGAUCCUUCUGAACAAGCAGCCGGCUUUCUGGCAGAAGAACUCCUAUCCGUCGCUGAAACCCAUGUCAUCCUACGUCGCGGACCUGGUUGCGCGAAUGAACUUCUUUACAAAUUGGAUGGACAAUGGACAUCCAGACACCUACUGGUUGUCCGGAUUCUUCUUCACUCAGUCCUUCCUGACUGGCCAGCUUCAGAACUUUGCUCGAAAGCAGAAGUUGCCCAUCGACACGCUCAUCUGGACCUUCCACAUAUUGAAGAAGGAGAUCACGCACCACAAUAAGCCGGAGGAGGGCUGCAUUGUGUAUGGCCUGUUUAUGGACGGUGCGCGCUGGGACAAUGAGAAGCAGGUCAUCCAAGACAGCCUUCCGAAGGUCUUGUUCUCGGAGAUCCCGCACAUGCACUGGGUGCCUUGUGAGAAGGACAAGGAUCCAACAGACCUCUCCAAGAUCUACGCGUCGCCCAUCUACAAAACCUCUGAACGCAAGGGCGUCCUCUCUACCACGGGGCACUCUACGAACUUUGUGUCCACCAUCAAGAUUCCCAUCGCGCCGGAGCACAGCUCCAAGUUCUGGACCAAGCGCGGCGUGGCCUGCUUGUGCCAGCUGGACGAUUGAAGCCUGCGUCGAGUUUAUUGUGUCACACCAGGGUGUCGUGCCUCUGGAGGUUUCACUUGGAAGCCUGUCUAAGACGGGCAGUGUCACGUCCCACAGACGAGUUGGAAGGCUUCUGCCACCGCCUGGCGACACACAUUUCUUCUUUGCCUGAUGCGAGCCAUGCAGCGGCAACCAUUUCCCACGGCCCCGCCCCCCCAAUGCAGCGGUUCAGCGGUCUCUCAGCCUGCCUGUCUCACCAUCCGUCUCACCCUCCUUCUGCACGGCGCAGCGAGCGCGCAGCGCGUAGCACAGGGCUUGGGGCAUCCGACGCCCCUGGGCCGGCCAGUUCCGAAUGAAUCGGCACUGAGCUCUUGAAACGAGUUUUGAUGCGACAUGGCCGGCCCAAGUUUCCAGAGGUUUGCAAGGCGUUG